CGGCGCGCCCCGCCCGCCGCCACUGCGGUGGGAGCCGGGAGCGGCCGAGGAUGGCGGCGGCGGCUCCGGCGGCUCGGGAGCUCACGCAGAACCCGCUGCAGAAGACGUGGGAGCCCUACGACAACGGGCUGCCCGCGGGGCACAGCGCGCAGCGCGGCGUAUGUAUGACCAACUGCCCUACUCUGAUUGUCAUGGUGGGUCUCCCAGCAAGAGGAAAAACCUACAUCUCCAAGAAGCUGACACGCUACUUAAAUUGGAUUGGAGUGCCCACGAAAGAAUUUAAUGUUGGUCAGUAUCGUCGAGAUCUGGUGAAAAAGUAUAAAUCCUUUGAAUUCUUCCUGCCUGAUAAUGAAGAAGGCUUGAAAAUCAGGAAACAGUGUGCCUUAGCCGCGCUGAACGACGUCCGGCAGUACCUCAGCGAGGAGAACGGGCACGUGGCUGUCUUUGAUGCUACAAACACAACUCGAGAACGUAGAGAAACAAUUUAUAAAUUUGGUGAAGAAAAUGGAUAUAAGACCUUUUUUGUGGAGUCUGUAUGUGUUGAUCCAGAGGUCAUUGCUGCAAAUAUUGUGCAAGUGAAGCUGGGUAGUCCUGACUAUGUGGAUUGUAGUAAUGAUGAAGCAACAGAAGACUUCAUGAAAAGAAUAGAGUGCUACAAGAACUCGUAUGAGACCUUAGAUGAAACUCUGGACAAGGAUCUUUCUUACAUUAAAAUUAUGGAUGUGGGAAGGAGUUACCUGGUGAACAGAGUGAUGGAUCACAUCCAGAGCCGGAUUGUCUACUACCUCAUGAAUAUCCAUGUGACUCCUCGGUCAAUCUACCUCUGCCGCCACGGAGAGAGCGAGCUCAACCUGAAGGGCAGAAUAGGAGGAGACCCCGGGCUGUCUGUCAGGGGCAAGGAGUUUGCCAAAAGCUUGGCACAGUUUAUUAAUGAGCAAAAUAUCAAAGAUCUGAAAGUUUGGACCAGCCAGAUGAAAAGGACAAUUCAGACUGCUGAAGCCUUGGGAGUGCCUUAUGAGCAGUGGAAGGUUUUGAAUGAGAUAGAUGCAGGAGUGUGUGAAGAAAUGACAUAUGAAGAAAUACAGGAAAAUUAUCCUCUUGAAUUUGCACUGAGAGACCAAGACAAAUACAGAUACAGAUACCCUAAAGGAGAGUCCUAUGAAGAUCUUGUUCAGAGGCUGGAGCCAGUAAUUAUGGAACUCGAAAGGCAGGAAAAUGUGCUUGUCAUUUGUCACCAAGCUGUCAUGCGCUGUUUGCUCGCCUAUUUCCUUGACAAGCCCGCAGAACAACUGCCCUACCUGAAGUGCCCACUGCAUACCGUCCUAAAGCUAACCCCCGUGGCUUAUGGAUGUAAAGUAGAAUCCAUAUUUCUGAAUGUCGAAGCUGUAAACACACACAGAGAUAAACCUGAGAACGUAGGUGUGAAUAGGUCGAGAGAAGAAGCUUUGAGGACAGUCCCCACGCACCUAUAGCUGCAGCUCCCGGGGCAGCAGCCCUUCCUCCAGCAGCUCAGGGCCGGCGGUGUCGGAGCAGGGCGGGAUGGACGCGCCUCCCCUCCCCUCCCCUUCCCUUCCAGACAUUUCGAAUGUGAUUCUGCUCCUCCCGACAAAACCUGUGCUCGUGGAUAACUCGAAAGGUAUCAGUGAAAAGAUUGUGGGGAGCAGAGUUGGGUUUAGGUUUUUCUUAUGUAAAUUUGUGCCGUUUCAGUGGGUUUUUACUGUUUGUCUGUGGAUAACGCAAGGUGGUUAAUUGCCCGUGUUGAUUUUACUGUCAGAUUUUAACUAGAUUUUAUUUUCUUUUUGUAAGUGUUUUUUCUAAGAGUUCUCUUAUUUUUACUGUGAAUGAUUGCCUAGAAUUACAUGGAGUUUUUUCGAUGGCGUAUUUAACACGGGCAAAAUUCUACAUUUUGAGCACUGGAGGCUUCAUGUUGCAAAGCUGCUUUAAAUGGGGAAGCUCAUAACUGACAAUUGUCCUGUGUUUUGAAUUGAACUGUGGUUUGCCAACCACCACUUAAAAUUUUUCAGAAAUUCACAAGGGAGAUGUUCCCUUUGGAAAAUCAAAGCAUUAAAGCUGGAUUUGCUACCUGGGAAAUUGACACUUCCCAGAGACCAGGUGUAUUUUGGAGGGCAGUGGGGGACAUGAGUGUGAGUGACAGAUGGGGAAUGAAGGGAGAGAGAUGGAGAGAGACAUGUCCUUUCUGCUGCACUUCUGGGAGGGGAUGAGCAGCUUUUCUGAGUCUGGAAGGGAGGGGGAAAGGAUCCAGUCUGUCAAGCCUGGAGAAGCUGCUUGUCUUGUUAGUGUUGUCUUUAUAUUUUUAGAGAAUUUUUGGAAUGAAUUUCAACAUAAAAGUGUAUGUUUUCUUUUAUAGCCACGUUUAAUACGUACAGCAGGAAACAGUACAGAAAGGUUAGGUGAGUCUAACCAUUCUAACAGCUCAUGCAACAAAAACACCAGGUAAAUUCUCAAAUAAUUUGAACAAGGCACACCUGCCUUGGAGUUUUUUGUAUUGUUUUUAAGCACCUUCCAUCAUCCCAAUUCUUUGUUGCUCUUGUUUGCCUAGUGAAACUCCAGUGCUAAAAAUGGAAUUUUCUCUGUCUGUCAAGGUCACAACCUUUUAACUGUACUAAAUCAAAGUGUAUUUUGUAUGUGUGUUACCAGACAACUGAAGUGAGCUGCCAGCACUGCUGCUGGCUGUAGCUCUGCAAUGAGAACUAUUCUUUGGUAGUUGAGCUGUGUUUUUUCUAAGGAUUCUCUCCAAUUAAUUGAGCUUUUACCAUGUAAGUUGGUGGGGUUGCUUUGUUGUUUUGGUUUUUUUUCUUUUCUGAAUUCCUGUGUGAAAUACCAGGCCCUGGUAACAUAGUUUUGCAGGCAAGGGCUAAAUUGUCUUUUGUUUGUGCAGGGUUUAUAAAAUAAUGUGCUGCUGUUGUGAUUUUUUUUUAAUAAGCUAAAUUCAGCAAUAUAUUCAGCUCUGGAAGUAAGCCAUAGUGCAUUGCUGGGUUCUGUUUCAGAGGAGGAAUGUGCAGGGUGCAGAAUGACCAGGAACACUUGCUUCAAGCGCUGCUGUCUAAAGCUUUGUGUGUGUGUGUGUUAUGGUAAUGCCAUUUCAGACCUUUAUUAAUUCAGCUGUGCCCAUAGUUGUGGGGUGAGGAGAGAGCCUGCCUGGCACUGCUCAGAGGAGUGAAUUCAUUGAUGUGUGGUUAACAAGGCCACCUUUGUGGCACAGCUGAAGGAGCAAUUUCCCCUCCCACGGUGGGGUGGGAAAGCCAGGCUGUGCCCGGGCAGCCCUGGCUCCUCUGCUGGGACAGGAGGGGUGGUUAAGCAGUUUUCACACUGAGAAUGUCAGGAUUUAUCUGUAAAAAUCCCAGGGGGCUGCAUUAGAAGAGUGGGAUUUUACUGGCAGAUUGUGAGCUCAGACCUGGCUGAAGAAGUGUGGGCAGAAAUGUUUCCCCCAGUGAGAGCUGAGCCCAGGGUUGCUUCUCUUUGCUGGCAAGCACAGCUUGAAAUAUCUCCUCUCCCCCUUUGUUUUACCUCUCUGAUCUGUCAGAGGUGCUGUAACAUCCUCGAGGCUACAUGUUCUAUGUACAGUAGGUAUUUUUAUAGCCUGCUUUCAAAUAUACUGUGAUGAGUGUUUUACUACAAUGGGUGUUCAGUAAAAAGAGUUGUAUAGAAGUGUAAAUAAACUAUUGUGCUGAUACUUGAAGAGAAACAAAAAAUGAAGUUGUUGGUUCUACAGUAGAAAGGUACUAAAUCAGUGACUGCAUCUGAGCCUGGCUGGAGAGAGCAGGUGUAGAUGAUGAAUGUAGAUUUGAGCUGAAUGUAGAUUUGGAGUGAGGGGUUCUCCCAGGGUGUAACCCUGACUGCUGUUCUGGGAAGGCACAGUUAAGAACUGCAGUUAAUUGUCACUUUCUGUGAGUGUGUCCCCCACUCCUGACAGAGCAGUCACUGACAGGGGAGGGGAAGACCCUUGUCCUGACCUUGUGUGUUUGUACCAUGACUGCCUCUGUUCUGUGUGCCUGGCUCAGAUGCAGUCUCUGGACUGGGAUUCAACUGUCCUUUCUUACAUCGUUGGCCUUUGUUGUGAUCUUUCAGACAAAUGUAAUCAUUUGACCUUUGAUCCAAGUAAUAAAGAUCAAAUGCUACAA